AUGGCGGUCGCGAAAUCGGAAAUGCAGGAGCUAGGAAACUCGCAUUCCUCUAGGUUUGCUACGCUCUACGUCGGCGAUCUUAGUCCGGACGUGACGGAGGAAGAUCUCACCCGCAAAUUCUCUCUGACUGUUCCCGUCGUCUCCGUUCAUCUUUGCCGCGACUCCGUCACCGGAAAAUCCAUGCGCUACGCUUACGUCAACUUCGAUUCUCCCUUUAGCGCAUCGAAUGCUAUGGCUUGCUUAAACCACACUGAGUUGAAGGGGGAAACAAUGCGAAUAAUGUGGGCUCAGAAAGAUCUCGCAUACCGUCGUAGUAGUGGAAUCGGAAAUCUCUUCGUUAAGAAUCUCGACAGCUCCAUCACUAGCAGUUGCUUAGAGCGAAUGUUCAACCCCUUUGGAGCCAUACUUUCUUGCAAAGUCGCUGAAGAGAAUGGCCAAAGUAAAGGUUUUGGGUUUGUUCAGUUUGAUACAGAACAAUCUGCUGUAGCUGCUCGUUGUGCGCUCCAUGGUACUAUGGUUGAUGGCAAGAGACUGUUUGUAGCUAAGUUCAUCAACAAGAGUGAAAGAGCAGCUACGCCAGGAAAUCAAGAAUUCACAAACGUUUAUGUGAAGAAUCUGCUUGAGUAUGUCACAGAGGAUACUCUGCUUGGACUAUUUUCUCAUUAUGGGACAGUCUCUAGUGCUGUGGUUAUGAGGGAUGGCAUGGGGAGAUCGCGAGGUUUUGGAUUUGUUGACUUCUGCCAUCCAGAAAGUGCUAAGAAAGCUGUGGAGUCUCUCAAUGGACGACAAACUGGUGUAGGAUCGAAGAAGCUAUUUGUUGCCAUGGCUCUGAAAAAAGCAGAAAGGAUGGAGAUGCUGAAACAGAAACACACUGACAACUUUAUUCCCAAGUUUAACAUGGAGCUGUCUAAUCUGUACGUGAAGAACUUGAGGGAAUCAGUGGACGAAACAAGGCUGCGAGAAAUAUUUGGAAGCCACGGGAAAAUAGUCUCAGCCAAAGUGAUACGUUAUGAGAAUGGCAAAAGUAAAGGAUUCGGCUUUGUGGGUUUCUCUAACCCUGAAGAGUCCAAACAGGCUAAAAGAGAGCUCAAUGGGGUUUCAGUUGAUGGCAAACCACUUGUUGUUCGAGUUGCUGAGCGCAAAGAGGAUCGAUUGAAGAGGAUGCAGCAAUAUUUCCAAGCACAACCACGCCAUUAUACACAAGCUCCUCCAGUCACUAUGCAAGUUCAUCGAGUCCCUAUGCAAGUUCCUCGAGUCCCUAUGCCAGUUCCUCGAGUCCCUACGAAAUCUCCUCCUGUCCCUAUGCAAGCUCCUCGAGUCCCUACGAAAUCUCCUCCUGUCCCUGCACCAGCUCAGCCAAUCCCCACCUCUAUGCCCAGCUCACAUGGGUAUCUGCAGCCAUUUCAUUUUGGGGCAUCUUAUUACUACAUGGGCACUCAGUUACCACAAAUGUUGGGUCACCAAAACAUCACCACCUACAUUCCAGCUGGCGAAGCUCAUGUGCAGGAGAAAAGAUCAAUGCAAGUGGUCUACAAGCACCCGGCUUAUACCUUUGCCAAGAGUGGUGCUAAACAGAAGCUGGUCUUUAAGGGAGAAGUUAACAAGAAGGUAGAGGCAGCCACUUGCUCCAAAGCGAUGACAUCUGAAGAACUUCAAAAAGCAUCGUCCGUCUUGAUCGCAAUGUUGUCACCAAACAAGAAGCCAGAGACCUCCGGAAAAAUUCAAGUUGCUUAA